CUGUUGUAUGUUUUUGCUUGUUUUUGAGCUGAGUAACCAACCAAUCCCUACCUCACCCGCGGUCAUACACAAAACCAACACACACACACGCCAUAAUGGCCCAACCCCCGCGCCACGCGGCGAUGCUAUCCCUCAGCAACAGCAACAGCAACAGCAACAGCAACAGCAACAGCAACCUCUCCACGGCAAGCGACAGCAGACAACCCGCACACCUCGCGACGGCCUCGCAUUCCAGCACGGGGCUCCGCGUCCCCUCCAACCGGAAAACCAUCUACGACCGCCAUCUCAACCGCAGCCGGAAUGCGGAACUCAGCCGGGCUAGCUUCGCCUUCUUGUUCGCUGAGAUGGUCACCUAUGCCCAGCGGCGGGUGACGGGGAUUCAGGAUCUGGAGAGACGAUUAAACGAACAAGGCUAUCCGCUCGGCCUCCGACUACUGGACCUGCUCUUCUACCGCACGAUCUCAGGCUCGACCUCGUCGGCGCUGUCCAGCUCCUCGUCGACAUCGGCCUCGCCGCCCAACCGCCCGCUGCGCAUCCUGCCGCUCCUGCACCUCAUCCACGGCCCGCUGUGGCGGCUGCUCUUCAACCGGCCCGCCGACGCCCUCGAGCAUUCCGUCUCGCCCGACACGCCCAAUGAGUACAUGAUCACCGACAACGACCCGCUGGUCAACACGUACAUCAGCGUGCCCAAGGAGAUGAGCAUGCUGAACUGCGCCGCGUUUGUGGCGGGCAUCAUCGAGGGUGUCUGUGAUGGCUGCGGCUUCGAGGCCAAGGUCACCGCCCAUAACCAGCCCACUGAGAUGUGGCCUGGUCGAACGAUAUUCUUGCUCCGAUUCGGGGAGAGUGUGAUGGAGCGUGAGAAGGUGUUGGAGCGGGCGGGCGUGAAAUAGAUGAAGUAAUCUAUGACCUGGAUGUCACGGCUCACGGCUUGUUGGGGGAUGCGCCGCUGGUGCUCGUAUAUGGGGAUACUGCGAGGAGGGUCUCACGCUCUGGUAUUGCGGGCUGGGCUGUGUGAUACGCUGGAGCGGGUUGGUCCUAGACGUGGCCUAUGUUGCAUUUACAAUGGCGUUCAUGGAGUCUUUGGUCGUGUCAGACAUACGUUCAGACGCGAUGUCUAAUCUAGUCGACCACACACCGAGGCAUCAGGUGCCUCCUUAAUAGAUACAGGAGGAAAAAAAGAAACGUCAAUUCCCCAUAUGCAACACAUAAGCGGUGCCCCAUCUAUGCUCUCAAAAUACCCAACAACGCCAAUAGGAUAGA